AAUGUAAAUUCGUUUCAACUCGUUAUCAGCUGGUUAGUUGUUUGCAGGUCGUUAUAGUUUCGUUGAAAAAUAAGACUUCUUGAGACGAAUUCGUUUCUAUAAUCUAGUUUUAAUCAUAAUACGCGUAAAUUGUGAAGAAAUUUGAAUUUUAUAAAAUGCGUUCAUUUUGCAUAUUAUUCGGUGUUUUUUUAUUAAUUUAUUGCAAUGAAUGUACCAAUAAGUAUUUUCCUCUAUUUAUAUAUGACAACAGACCACAAACAACGGAAAACGAGACAGAAGAAAUGUACGAUUUUAUGUUUAAUUUUUGUUCAAGUUCUAGGACAGGUGCUCACAUGACAAGGCUAUACGAUUCCAAACUAGACAAAACAUCGAAUUCCUCAACAAUACCAACAACAACAACAACCCCGAUUAAUGGCCAGAAUGUUCUGCACGCGUUACUCGGAAAUUUAGAAGACUAUCCUCCAUAUACCCAAAUUUAUGUGAUCACAUUUGCACCAACAACAUUCUCUGAUGAGGACUUGAUCGGAAAAAUUUUAGAACAAAUACAAAUCAAAAGAUCACAGGUCAAUUUUUUUAUCCGAGGCGAGUAUCCUUCUGGAAUCGACUACCUUAAAGAAUAUAGUUUGAUCACCUCAGUUGGUAAUGGGGUUACGUGGAGGUCAUUCGAAUUUAAUCAGUUCACAGACUGGAAAUCUCUGGAGCUGAAUGCGAUGUUACCAAAAGCAAACCUGCUCACAAUUUAUGACACUGAUAAUGGAACAUAUUGCAUGACAAUAGAUUCACUUUUAGAAACUGAUAUAAAAGAUAUGAUAUUCAGCAGUUUCGAUUCAAACGAGUAUGAGGUAACAGUAACAUUAUCAAGAGAACCCAAUCGGACUACCCUCGUUAAUGAGAAAGAAAAAGACGCUGAAAACACAAUACAAACAAUUACGACUAAAGAGAUGUGUGUGGAAGUUCGUAGAAAAUUUCAAAAUUCAGAUCUUGCUUCUUUUUACACAUUACGAGGAUUCAGCAAAAGCGAGUUUGACUUUUAUUAUGGGUUUUCUACGGACAACGUGACAUCAUUGAAUGAGACAUAUCGAAGACCAAUCAAAGGAAAAUCAAACAAAAUUUACGUAUCAUCUUACUCUGAAAACACACGAUAUGGAUUCGAUCACUUCAAGAUACUCUUUUUAAAUGGUACUUCUUCAGGAGAAACAAUUUCUUUCGAACCGAUACCAGAUACCGAUUUAUUCGUAGGAUCAUUCGAACCGCCAAAUAAGGAAUAUUUUUACAUACAAGUGACAACCUACGCGAAUGGCGAAACAAUCUCACGGAUGUCGCAUACUGCAAUGAAUACUGCAGACGAGUUUGGCGAAGAAAAACAAAAUCCAACGUUUGAACGUAAACCAAUAGUUUACCGCGGAUACAGCCGUUCCAAGAUAUUUGUUGAAAUUCAAAAAGAAACUCAAAAAGAAAUUCAAAAAGAAUACAACAGUAUCGGUUUAUACAACACAAUUGGGAUCAUUAUCAUAGCUAUCAUGCUAUUAAUAGUACUGCCAUUCAUUUGGGCUACUAUUUUCCGGUUGUAUUACCAACCUCCUGAACGUUCUGAGCGUGGUAGAGGAGUAUCAGAACCACUCGGAAUAGAAAAAGCUCGUCGUCGAGCAAUGCCAAACGAUUAUCAUAUUAUGCAUGUUUCACAAGUUUGACAAUAAAAGACUGUAUUAAGGCAUU